AUGAAGGAAGGGGUGAUAAAAGAGAAUUUCGAUGCACAUUAUCCGUCUAUCCUAUCAAUGGUCGGCCAAGCCCUCAUUUUCGAGAUUGAAAAUCGAUCUCCCCGCCAUAAGAAACAGGAUCUACAAUGGUCAGAGUCAAUGGGAAAUGCUAUAUGCAUAUUGCUGUCCAUUUGCUCGAUUCCGAGGUCCGCCAUAGUCAAGCAAGCACUCCUACUAUGCGUCAAGGUUGACAUCCGCGGAUUCACAAGAGUCCUUUCGAACUAUAUAUCCGCUAUGCCCCAGUAUCAUGACCUGCAUGUAAUCGCGAGUUUGCAACAUACAUUAGGAGAAAUGGACGAGGAAUCAUAUAACAACUUCAUGCAAGUUGUUCGACCAUCCGACUAUGCCGUUGUCCCAUAUGUGAGCCCUGGCGAAGCUCCUGCAGGCGUAUAUGCGUUCCCAAAUCUGAUCUAUCCGCAAGUCCCCAGGUCCACUAAGGAAGGGCGCAAGUCAACCGAGGGCAAUACCAACGGACGAUUAGGUGCCAUGUUUUCCUCAACACUCAACUUUAAGGAGACGGUGACACUCGGUGCACUCAUUUGUGGAAUAUCCUUUGGACUUCCCGAUGACGCGGGAAACCCCUGCGAUGUAACUCGACCCAUCGAAGUCGACCCGAUCCACCUAUCCGAGGACCUGUGGACUCUGUUAACCUCGACUGUAGCAAGUACUUUAGCGUCUUACAUUACGGUUGUAUACCCUGCGAACCGCCAACGGUCUGACGCAUAUGUUGCGCUCGCUUUCAGUAUUCUGUUGGCUAAGUCUCCUUAUCCGUUACCGAAAGAAGCCAAUAAAUGGAUUCUUCACUGUAUUACACGCCGGCAAGAAAUCUUCGAAUUCCACUUUCAGCGAUGGAACCGUCGCCUUGUUCAACAUUUGGCUUCCACCCCAGAUAUUCUGAGCCCUAUGGAAGGUGUGCUGGAGAUGAUGGAUCACAGCGAGAAAUUGCAAUGCAUUACAAAUGUCCUUCACCCAACGUAUGACUACCUCGAGCUUCGAGAUCAGGAUGGGUCCUGGGCUGGAUAUGAACCAUCCAUGUUACCUGGACAGUCCGUAGCAAUGUGUAUCGCUGAAAGUGUAGCUGCAACUCAAGGAACCACAACGAUGGACGUGUUGCAGUAUAUCGACCACUCGGGUGAUGACAUCUGUGAAUUUGCCCAUAUUAUUCUGGCGUACCACCUGACGACACGGGGUGCUCGACCGUCACGGUGGCAGGACAUUUAUCGUAUUCUGACACACUCAUCGACAAGGGAUAAUGUGUCCAGGUUGCCGAUGGGUAUGUUACUGGAUAUUGGAAUUAAGGUCGCGUCGGCUUUAGUCCAAUUUGGGGGUCCAGAUCAGGGUGUCCAAUCGACACGCUCUGGAAGUGUCCUCUUGCUGUCUAUUCUUGGGACAUUGGACAACCCUAUACCUCUUGUUAUCCGACAAGCUUUGGCAAACUGUCACCAAGCGGAGGUAGAGACAUACAUGAACAUGGUUUGCCAUCGCAUUGCCCUCCAUGAGUUGACUUGGAUGCUCACCACGAUCAGCACCAUCUUGCAAAUGUUACACACCGGGAUGAACCCCAUUCCUUGUCUCCUUCAUCUUCUAACCCCAGCAAUCUGUGGCACGGUGAAUGUAAGAUGCAACCACGAUGACAGCUUGUUCUCCCUACUUGCUCAUGAUGAUGUGUCGUUGGAGGUCAAGAAGGCGAUCGUUGAUGUUUUGGUCAACGCAGUGGGUGGAACCGUCACCGAUGGAGACCACAAUGGAUGGAUACAAGAAGCCGUACUACUUAUCGAAGGAUAUGGCAGUGACUCGCAAGUAUCAGAAGUUGCAGGCUUACAAUUGGAUAAUGCGCCUGAACAUUCCGUAAUGCAGGAGUCAUCAGAAGGGUCAUCAGAGGGGUCAUCAGAACAUGAACAGGAUAUGAUUGACAUCAAUGUUGAACCGCCGUCACAGGACGGCUCCAAUUUUGAGCUCGAGUAUACGGCGAGCACAGUAACAUUUAGCGUUAUAGACGAUGAAAGCUCGAAUCUGCGACACACGCCACUAGUGAAUUGGGGGCUCGGCACGUUCUAG